AUGAAAUUGAAAUAUUUUACACUUCGUGGUCCAGUGCCUGGUCAACCACCACAUUUCUUUUUUGGAAAUUUAAUUCAAUCAGGCUUAUUAUUUGGUUCUAAACCAAUUUCUGACGUUUAUAUAUCUUACAAAGAACGUUUUGGUGAUAUUUAUUUAUUUUGGGUGGGUUUUACACGAUAUACUAUCGUACAUAAUAUUGAUGAUGUUCAAUAUAUUUUUAAUAAUCGAAAUAAAUAUGAUCAAGGAAGUAUAUUUUUAGAAAAGUAUGAAUUAUAUCGUGAAUUUAGUAAUUUUUAUCCGGCUCCAAUUCAAUUAGAUGGAUACACUUGGCCAACUGUUGAACAUUAUUUUCAAGCACAAAAAUUUGUUUCAAAUGAAAUGCAUUUUAAAAAUAUUUUAGGAUUAGCUACUCCUCGAGAAGCAUUCGAUUAUGUUCGAACAUACAAAUCUUUAAGACGUUCCGAUUGGGAAAAUGUAAAAGAUGAUCUUAUGUUCAAAGCAUGUUUGGCAAAAUUUCAACAACAUCCAGAACUAAAAGAAUUGUUAUUAUCAACUGGUGAUCGUACUUUAAUUGAACAUACAAAAAAUGAUUCUUAUUGGGGUGAUGGAGGAGAUGGAACCGGAAGAAAUCAAUUAGGAAUUACUCUUAUGAAAGUUAGAGAUUAUCUUAAUAAUCAUCAUUAA